AUGGCGGCCGAAGGAACAGAUGAAAAGCAGAAAAAUGACGGUCUUUCACAUCCAGAGGUGAUGUCCCUCUUUAGCGAAAAGCUGGCGGAGAUAAUGAGUGAUCCUCUUCUUGUUGGACUGCCUAGCCAGCCUACACUUGAAGAGGUUAACUCGCAGAUUGCGCUCGAACAUGGCCGCGCCAUUGUAGUGAAUGUUCGACAACAUGACGAGAUGAGCACUGUUCUACGUAAGGAUCAUAGGAUUAAUUUUAGAAUGCCAUGCCAUUCAUUAGCAUAUCUCUAAAAAGGCUUGCAGAACGAAGCAAACAAACAUAACAGAUGAAAUGAAACAGAUAUGUUACAUGUUGUUUUCAGCUGUUGUUGUCAUCCAAAAUGCCACUGUGCAUGACUUGAAGAAGGCAAUCCAAAGGCACAUUUCACUGAAACUGUCUAGAGAAGGAGGCCCGAACAUUGUUUCUUGGUAUGUUGUAAUUUGAAGUUGUUGUCAAUGGGUUCUGUUUCAUUUAUUGGGAUGUACUGUUGUACAGUGGGGUUAAAAUGUAUUUUUGUGUAAUAUCCCCAAAGAAUGUAAUGUUUAAUUAUGUUGCUGUAUUUUUGCCUGUGCGGUACAAUGACAGGAGAAACUUUUUAAAUUCAGGGCCAAUGCAUGAGCUUACUGGCAAUUAAUAGUCUGUACAAAAAAGGGCGUCGAUGGGUACCUAUGGUCCAGAGGAUAGACGUUAACGUCAUCUGCUACAAGGACUAUUAUUUCCCAAAGAGAAAAUUUAAAUUAUUUAAUAGUUUUCAAUGAGUUUGUUUCCUAUUGCCGUGCAUCAUAUGUGAAAAUGUAUGUAAUGAGAUAGAUGCUUUUUGUGAUGCAUCGCGACAAGUGAUAGCAGACUGACUGUCCAUCAAAAAGUACACAAAUGUCAUAAAGAAACUACCAUAAGGUAAAAUUUGCUUGAAAGUCGUUUUGAAAUUAUGCAAGAUAGUGACAUUUUAAUUAGCCUGCGUAGCAGGCGCUUGGAAGUAGCGGGUGAAAGAGAGAACGGGCGCGCGCAAGGGAGACACGCAAGGGGUGAGGGAGCGCCUGCACGGAAGGCCCCCGAAAAUCGUUUCAACUCGCACUCUGUGAGUGCGGAUAUUUCCAAUUGGUCGAGAGGCUCCCGAUGGAAAAAUUAACUGCGCGGGGCGAGAAAACUGUCAAUCAAUAGUACAUGGACAACGUAGUGAAGAUCUUGCAUUACACCACUGGGUCCUGAAACCACUAGAUUGUACACAAUCGAAGUUCAGGUCUCGGAGGUCACUUCAAUCUGGUUUAAUGGGACUAUGUGGCUGUAAUCUCAAAGAAAAGUUGGAGUGUUUAAACGGUAUUCACGGUGGAAAGAAUUGACAUCGGAUACGCAUCAGCAGAAGUGGCGAGAGACAAAAGAUUUGUCGAAUCGUUGCAAUGAAGAUCAGAUGAAAUAUUCUUUGCUCGGGAGAACUUGGCGGCUUGUGCUGUCGAUGGAACGUAUACCAUCAAAACUUGGACAUGAUUGAUGAAAUGAAACACUUACCAGGGGCAUGAAUUUGAAAAAAACAUUUCACUAUAGUAUUAUUCGCCGUUCGGAGGCGACCUGAGGUCUGUUGUUUAUGUCUCAUUACUGAGCAUUACUGCAGUAGAAAACAUGUCGGUACAGUUUGUGUUCUGAGGUUUAGGUCCGCUUUAUAGUAAGACAUGUCUGCACCAAAAACGGUUGCCAGUUAGCGCAGUAAAAGCAAUAUGGUCAUUUUCCAUGUACGCUGUGAUCGUUGGUGUCUGACCAGAACAAUAUUUUUAGUUUUUAUAAUACACAGCAUGCAUUCUUUAAAAGAUACCCAGUUUUGACUUUGUUAUUUCCUAUUUAUUGUGCCCAUGGUUAAAAACGAUUUAAAGCUGUGUGUUAACACAAUCAGUUUAUUGCUCCAUCGCUCUAUAAUCAGAUAACCGAGCUGAUCUUUAUAACAGAUAUAUUUAGACCGAAGCCGAAGAUAAAAUGUACACCGCUUGUUGGCGGCUUGCUUUGUUUGUGCGAGGUCAGUCGUUUUCUGUCAAAACUUUUGACAGAUCACGCAACGGCUGCCAAGUAAUAAUUAGAGAGGGGGCGGGAAACGAUUUUCGGGGGCCUUCCGUGCAGGCGCUUCCUCUCCCGUCGCGUGUCUCCUUCUCGCGCGCCCGUUUUUUCUUGUGCCCACUACUUCCAAGCACCUGCUACGCAGGCUACAUUUUAAUUGAAUGUAUAUAUAGUAAAAGUGGCAGAUUCAUAUUUGCAUUUUUCCACAUCAUGAUUUUCAAUGUUUAAUACCACCAACGGUUAAAAAAAUAUUCAUAAUUACUUUUAAAACUCAAUCAGCACACAUAAAGCAUUAACGAAUGGAUAGAAAUAGCAAAGAAAUUUAUCUGGCUAAACCAAAUCAAAAAUUAUCAUAAGUCAAAACAGAGCAUGUCUCCUGUAAAAUGAUAUUUGAAAGGCCAUUCCUCACAAAUGCAAAUGCCUUACGUCUUUUAAAUAACAGAGCAUAUCCUAUUUAACCUUACUGGCUAUAAACUAACAAACUGUUUUUUUUAGCCUGUCUUAGCUAUAAUUUUUUGUUAGGCACAUGUAAGGACUGUUCAAGCUGUGAUAGUUCAAGGAUAAUUUAGAUGUCGGAUACUGUGAGGGUUUAAAAGUUUACAAUAAUAUGGAAUGAUAAAAGCAAGUUGAUCACUGUUGGAGCUUGGAGAGCUAAUAUUUUGAUUUUUUUUUUUUCACCAGGAAGCAUGUAUGGAAGACAUACUGGCUGUCAUUUGAAGGCCAGAAGUUAAUGGAGGAUCACAAACCUCUUUCCCAGUAAGUUGGGUGCAACAAGAUUAGUAAAACGUGAUGGAAAUUGCCUCUUGUACUCUGGGAGCUGGCUGCCGGGACCCCUCACCCCUCACUGAUACCCGGCCAUAUUAAGGUGCAAACCAGUUCAAAUCUUGUACUCUAUCUCAGCGGUCAUUUUAACCCUUUCACUCCCAGAAGUGCCAAAGCAAACACUGAGAAACAUUCCAAACAUUCCAAACAUGACAAACAGUACCCUGUGAAUUAGUAAUGUACUGGGAAAGAGGUUUCAUUUGAAUGGUCACAUCAUAGGAUUUCAUCCACAGCCCCAAAGUUAGAACUACAUACUAAAUAAAUAGUACCAUGUGAAAGUACUGCUGAAGAGGUUUCAUUUUAAUGGUAACACCAUAGGAUUUCAUCCACAGACUCAAAAGUUAGAACUACAUACUAAAUAAAUAGUACCAUGUGAAAGUACUGCUGAAGAGGUUUCAUUUGAAUGGUAACACCAUAGGAUUUCAUCCACAGACUCAAAGUUAGAACUACAUACUAAAUAAAUAGUACCAUGUGAAAGUACUGCUGAAGAGGUUUCAUUUGAAUGGUAACACCAUAGGAUUUCAUCCACAGACUCAAAAGUUAAAACCACACUCUAGAUAAAAAGUACCAUGUGAAAGUACUGCAAAAGAGGUGUCAUUUGAAUGGUAACACCAUAGGAAAGUUAGAGCUACAUGCUAAAAAAAAGUCCCAUGUGAAAGUACUGCUGAAGAGGUUUCAUUUGAAUGGUUACACCAACGCGUUGAUCGCAUCAUAAAGUUAAGGAAGUCUAGGAAACAUAGGCCACUUGUCCUGAAAUUUCCAUUCUGUUUAUUUCACAGUUAUGGCAUUCAAAACAAGGAUGAGGUGACAUUUGUGAAGAGACUGAGAAGAAAAUGA